AUGGCUCUAUCGCUAUUAUCCAUACCAGUCGAGCUGUUCAUUGAGAUAGUGUCUACUGCUCUAUUCGAACACCCUCGGCCGUCUGAUGUCCUGUCCGUUGGCAAACUGUUCUUGGAAGUGGGACAACGCAUUCUACACACUCACAUCCGCUUUCAGACUCUUGAUCAGCUCACGCUUUUCGCUGAGGGCCGCACACGUCUCGCAUGUUGCCCGAGAACUCUCACUGUGACCCUGGCUGGCGGUACUGCUGGCUUCGAUGUCUUUCUUCACCUGGCUGGCGUUCUGCGACGGUGUCGAGAUGUCUUGAUAGGGGCUGCCAGUCGUGAUGAGCCUCCGCCUCCGGUUCCAUUGGAUAUGCUUUCUCUCUGCCUGCAUUCGCACAUACAAAACCCUAAUCUGCAGCACAUCUAUGAUGCUUUGGUGAUGGCGAACCCGAAGACAUUCGUCUGGAAUGGUCCUGACCCAGACCACCAUUUCUCUACUGCGGUGAGUACUCGUGCGGGUAGUCGUCGUACCUGUACUGUGCUGAUACUGAUCGUGCCCACAGCUGCGUUCUACCUCUUCAGGGCGAUCCGCACCUGGACUCGCAUCGUGCACAUCACCAUCACCAGCGUCUCCUUCCCCUCUGAUGAACUUGGCCUCCACGGGCCCCUCGCACACGACAUGCCGCUCCUCCCCGUCAUCCCCACCCUGCGCACGCUCUCACUCGGCCAGGCGACGCUCCUGCCGCCCGGCUCGGUCGCAGCGAUGAUCUGCCUGCCCGGCCAGGACAGCCUCGAGCUCGUGCGCCUCGUGGACGCGUACAGCGAAAGCAUAUGGGGCUCACGGAUUCGACGGCGGGACGUGGAGCGGGCGGCGAUAGCAUUAACAAAGGGUGCGCCAGAGGACAUCGUCGUGAAGGUGAGAAGGCUGGUUAGAUGCGAGGCCAAGACGGAGCGGAUCAUGGGUGGCGACCGUGUAGAAGGCCUUCAAGUGCUAGAGUAA